GCUCCUCCCUCUCCUCCUAGCCACCAUGCUCCUUAACCCCUUCCGCCCAGCUGCGGGCAUUCCCACCUUCCAAGAAGAAUACCGAAACAGCAGCUAUAUUCCAGAAGUGAUCGAAACUACACUAGGCCGCCAAAUUGUGGCGCCAGAUACUCCCUACGUGGCAGUAGCCGGCCGCAAUCAGCUCUACUUCCUCGACACGCGGCUCGACCCCGAGACGGCCCAACACAUCAAACAACAAAUUGAGAAGGCCAGCGUGUCGCAGCCUGAUGAAUAUAUCUUCAUUGAUGAGAUUGAGGCCACGGCAGAAGUGAAGAACAGGGCGACUGGCGAAACGACUUUCGUGUUUGAUCCCGCCUACGCCCGCAUACUGUUCGCUAGGGGCAUGGAUAGGCAUAAUCCGGACCUUAAGUUGCCGGAGUACGAGGACCCUGGGGAUUGGUUGGUGACUUAUGAUUUGGAUGAUAUUAUGGCGAGGAGGGGUGUGGGUAAGGGGUGAUUGAUGAUAGUAUUGGUGUAUUUCUCGCGAGGGUCGGCUGUGAGGCUGCUGAGAGUGCAAUGGAAGAUGGAAUGAUGGAGACUAAUUGUUGUCGGCUCAUGGUAGGUUAUUCUGGGGGUGUAUAAGAAGGCCUGG